AUGGAGCAGAUUCCGCUCGUUGGCAGCAAUGCUACUACGGCUUGCGAUUUCCCGGGAGCCUGUUGCCUCGCCCUGGCCACAAUCCUAGGGCAGGACAAAGUUUCGUUCCCCGACACACCUGCUUAUGAAGCGUCUCAGGGGUCGUACUUUGCACAACAGAACAGCGCGCUUCAGCCCUCAUGCGUGGUGUUCCCGGACUCAGCCGAUGAAGUGUCCAACGUCAUCACCAGUAUAUUAGCAAUCUCGUCAGGAGUACCUGAUUACGAGAAAGCCGGCUGCCAGUUUGCCAUCCGAUCCGGCGGCCACAAUUCCUUUGGAGGCGCAUCCAAUAUCCACAAUGGCGUCACCAUCGAUCUGCGCGCUCUCAACACCAUCCAGGUGCAGGAAGCCCCAAUCGAGAAUGAUAAGGAUGAGAGUGCGCAGAACAAAGAGGCGCAACACACAGUCUUUGUUGGAGCAGGCGUUACCUGGGGAGAGGUCUAUGCCCUGCUCGAUCCGUUGGGUCUCUCGGUAGCAGGAGGUCGCGCUGCACAGGUCGGGGUUGGCGGACUGACGCUCGGAGGCGGCAUCUCCUACUUCUCACCGCGCUACGGGUGGACGUGUGACAACUUGGUCGGUGCAGAGGUGGUCUUAGCCAACGGGACAAUCGUAUAUUUGGAUGAGGACCAACACUCAGAUUGGCUGGCAGCGCUACGCGGGGGCGGCGCCAACUUUGGCGUUGUCACAGGCUUCAAUCUGCGAAUUUUCCCGCAGGGUCCUAUAUAUGGAGGGUCCAUCUACCACAGCACUGAGACUGUUGACGCCCAGUUACGUGCCUUCGCCGAGCUGGCUGAUCCAAAGGAGAGCAGCUACGAUGACUAUGCUUCGUUGAUCACCAGUUUUGGGUUCGCCGGAGGCCAGGGGGCCGCCGUCGUGAACAGUGUCGUGUAUACGGGGGAGCUGGAGGAACCAGGGGACGAUGGAAUAACACCGCCCCCAGCCGUGUACAAAGCGCUUUUCGACAUUCCACAGUUGUUCAGCACCAUGCGCGCGGCACCCAUGCAUGAGGUGGCCAUUGAGCAAGGGUCGUUUUCACAGAGCGGGAAACGACAGCUAAGUGUAGUUGCAACGCACGACGUGACCCUUCCUAUGUUGAAUGCAACCUACCUCCGGUGGAACUCCAGUCUGGAAGCCGUACGAGAUAUUCCAGGCAUCGUAUGGUCGAUCUCCCUUGAACCACUACCCCCUGCAAUCUAUGCGCGGGCUACGUCUACAACGAAUACGUAUCAUCUGUCAACCUUCUGUGCCGAGUUUGUCGAUUCGGGUCAUCUUCCUGCAUAUGCUUUCUCCAUUAUAGACUAG